AUGCAGCACCGCUCGCCGCCGCCGGCCGCGGCCUCCGCCGCAGCGGCCGCCAUGGCGCCCGGCGUGGGCGGCAUCGAGCCGGCGGUCACGCUCGACCAGGUGCCGCGCUGGAGCGACCCGGACCAGCGCCUCUACGCGCCCAACUCCUCGUCCGCCGCCGCCCAAGCCACGGGCGGCGGAUCCGAGCCCGCAGCGUCUUCCUUCCUCUCCUUCUCCGACCCGCUCACCGGCGAUGACGCGGGCGGCGCCCGCGGCGGCUCCUCGCGCUUCCCCGUCGACCACGAGACAAACUCCAGGAUCUACCUCUGGCGUGGACACCCCUGGAACCUGGAGGUCGACGCAGUCGUCAACUCCACCAACGAGAGCUUGGACGAGGGGCACAGCAGUCCUGGGCUGCACGCCGCAGCAGGCUCGGGGCUCACGGAGGAAUGCGCCACCUUGGGCGGCUGCCGAACUGGGAUGGCAAAGAUGACCAAUGCAUAUGAUCUUCCUGCGAGGAAGGUCAUCCAUACGGUGGGACCGAAAUAUGCUGUCAAGUAUCACACAGCUGCGGAGAAUGCACUUAGUCACUGCUACCGGUCAUGUUUGGAACUACUCAUUGAGAAUGGCCUUGAAAGCAUCGCAAUGGGUUGCAUAUACACGGAAGCUAGAAACUAUCCUCGUGAACUAGCUGCCCAUGUAGCAAUAAGGACUGUUAGACGUUUUCUGGAGAAACAAAAAGGCAAGAUAGCGGGUGUUGUUUUUUGUACUACAUCAUCAUCUGAUACUGAGAUAUACAAAAGAUUGCUCCCACUUUAUUUUCCACGGGACAAGCAGGAGGAAGAAAUUGCAGUAUCGAAACUUCCAGCUGAUGUUGGCGAUGAGAAUGGUGAAACUGUAAUAGACGAAAGGAAAAUAAGAAUAAGACCUUUGCCUGCUGGUGCAACAGACAGAACAGUAGCUACAGCUUCACUUGACCUUCCACUUGAUUCUGGGUUGGCAUCGAAGAGGGGUACUUUCAAGUUGGAUUCAUAUUUGGAUCCUUCAUUUAUGUCACUAAUUAAAGACCCGGAUCUGCGACGCAAGGAGCAGUGGGAAAAAUCUUCUCAAGCUCAAAAGGGAUUUAAUUACUCUAGGUUGCUUGGAUAUGGUGAUAUAGGUUUCCCUCCAUUGUCUGCUGCUGAGGAAUAUUCACUUCAUUCACGAUACCUUGCUAAAGCAAAUUCUCUUAAUCUUUCAGAGAUUGCUGAAAUGAAAAUAAUUUAUCUCGCUGGAGUUGAUAUUGAAGGGCGCCCAGUUAUGGUUGUUGUUGGUGCACACUUUCUUCUUCGCUGCCUGGAUCUUGAGCGAUUUGUUCUACAUGUAGUGAAGGAGUUUGAACCUUUGAUUCAGAAGCCAUAUACAAUUGCGUAUCUCCAUUCUGCAGCGUCAUUGCAACCGCAACCAGAUUUAGGAUUCAUGAAACGGAUACAACAAAUAUUAGGCCGGAAACACCAGCGGAACCUUCAUGGAAUAUAUAUCCUUCACCCAACAUUGGGGUUGAGAUCAGCUAUUCUGGCGAUGCAAGUUUUGGUUGAUGGAGAGGUCUGGAAGAAAGUUGUAUAUGUCGAUAGGCUUGUGCAGCUGUUCAGAUACGUGCCACGUGAACAAUUAACCAUUCCAGAUUUUGUCUUUCAGCAUGAUCUGGAGGUGAAUGGUGAUAGGGGCCUGAUUGUGGAUCCAAGAACAAAACAUAUCUACCAUAGACCAUCUGGCUGAUUCGUGGUGUUUCCGUUGUCACAGUUCUCAAUUCUUUGUAUAAUUACUCAUUGUUGUUAUUUCCCUUUUGUAUCUAGUUUAGGUGUGCUAUUCCUUUCAUUCAUUCCCCAGCGUUUCUGGGAAGGGGAACAUUGACUGUAUAUGUUCAGUUGUACAGCCAAAUAAAAGUGGUGUAUCAGUUCUAUAGCCUU